GAAGAACAAUUAGGUUGAUCUGAUAAAAGGGUGUAAACUAUGUCUUUUUGUAAUUGGUUAUAGUAAUGUUACCAUCAGAAAAUAAUGGGAUUUUACCAACACGCAAAAUAACUUGGAAAUAUUUUACAAGAAUUUUAUUUAAGUUGCAACGAUUAUGUUCAGUGGAGAUAAGAUAUAACACGAUAGAAUCGUAAUUUCAAUAUAUAGAAUUUUUUUUUAUCCAGUCGAUAUGCCAACUAUUUCCUUUAUUCGAAUGUGUAAGGAACAUUUUGGACAGGUCUCUCGAGGUACGGUUCUCAUUCCAAGGCAGUUUAUUCAGAAGUUUGAUUCUAUUAAAAUUAUGUUGGAAAUAACAUAUUACAUUACAAAAUAACAAUUCAAGAAAGAUCUUUAUAUAGUUUAAGAUGAAAAGUACGUGACAGUUUACAGUGUAAAAAAAAGAUUGUAUUUCACUGUUUUGCCUCAGGUGUGUUUUAAAACUUAUUAAUGGCAUAAAAACGUCAGCAUAUUUCGUAGAUAUUCCCAUGACGGAUGGAAUAAAGAGUUCCAAUAGUGCUGAUUGUUACCAGUUAUAAAAUUAUGAAAGACAAGGAUUUGGUAGUAUAAGGAGUUACAGUGCAUAUAAAGAGAAGUGAAAUUACUAUCGGUUAGGAUAUUAUGAAAGACAAGGAUUUAGUCGGAGUUUAAUCAGAUUCUCAUUCAAGUCUGGAUAGAUUAUAUACACAAUGCCAACAAUACCCAUCAUUGAUGUGUACCUCCGACACUUCAGAUCUCGGAAGCGUGUUACUCAAACAUCAAUAUUUGCAGGGAUGCCGGCUGCUUCGUUACUCCAUUUUAGGGCAAAACGCAAAGGAAAUAUAAAUACCGACAACUUUGACCGCAGAAUUCCAGAAGAGAAUGCCGACGGCGACGACAAAGACGAGGAUGAUGACGGACCGUCUGGCUUUGGUCAAGUAGAUGAUGACAUAGAGAGCGAAGAAGACCCUCCAGAAUGGGAAAUGGGCAUACGACGCUCAAAUCAGGCUAGGAGCUGUAGGAUAGAGGAUCUUACAUUAUCUGACAUCAUCCUGGAUCCGGAUGGCAACAUCACAUAUUACUGGCUGGGCAUUGUGACAUUGGCUGUAGUCUACAAUAUAGCAGUAAUAGUACUGAGACUUGCAUUCCAAGAAAUGAGGGAUCCGGCUAUAGAAGAUUCUGUAUUUUAUUUGCUGGAUACUAUUGGAGAUCUCAUAUACAUUCUUGAUAUAUUUGUCCACAUGCGGAUAUCACAUUACGAAGAUGGAUGUCUGGUCUUGGAUCCAACGAAAAUAAUGGAAAAAUACAAAAAGAGCAAUAAAUUCCAAAUGGCCUUACUGGCUAUACUUCCCUUUGGCACUGUCUACAAGUUAAUAUCCGGAUUUGGUAGCCUUCUCUUCCUCGACUAUUUCUUUUAUAUGUCAGGAGACAUACAUAUAAUGCUAGUUAGAUUACCACGACUACUGAAAUACCCAACUAUGGCAAGAUUCUUUGAUAUCACAGACAGUCGCACGAGGAAUCCGAAUCUUAUCCGAGCAUUUAAACUGACAUUGAACCUGUGGGUAGUUAUCCACUGGAUUGGCUGUGCAUACUACGUGGUGUCCGAGUACGAGGGCCUUGGUUCCAACAGCUGGGUUUAUCCAAGCGGACAGGAAUAUAGUUCGUUCACUAGAAAGUAUAUACGAGUGAUGUACUGGUCACUGAUGACGCUUACAACAAUUGGUGAACGCCCACCUCCCGAAACGGACCUUGAAUUUGUGUUCACUGGCCUGACAUUCCUAAUCGGUGUUUUUGUUUUUGCUGCUGUAGUAGGAAAUGUCGGUGACGUCAUUAGCAACAUGAAUGCUGCAAGAACAGAAUUCCAAUCAAGAAUGGACCAGAUAAAGUCAUACUUACAACACAGACAUGUUGAUGAAAAAUUACAGAAUAGAGUGAAAAGAUGGGCAGAGUACACUUGGAAAAGGACACAGUCAAUAGAUGAGCCUUCUUUACUUCAACUUCUGCCUGACAGACUUCGUACAGAAAUCGCAAUAAACGUACACCUAGAAACACUGAAAAAGGUUAAAAUAUUUGAAGAGUGUGAAGAAGGCCUCUUACGGGAAUUAGUUCUUAAACUAAGGCCUCAGGUCUACUCUCCGGGAGAUUUCAUUUGCAGAAUUGGGGAGGUUGGAAAGGAAAUGUUUAUUGUUAAUCACGGCAAAGUAGAGAUUUUGGUACCAAGCCAACAAAAUGGUCGCCGAACUGUUGUAGCUACUCUCACGCCGGGUAACUAUUUCGGAGAAAUAAGUCUUUUGAAGUUAGAUGAUGGACAAAAUAGACGCACAGCAGAUGUAAAAGCUGUUGGAUACUCAGAGCUCCUGAGGUUGUCAAGAAAAGACCUUAUGUCGGCUUUGGUGGAAUACCCAAAUGCAAAGAGAAUUCUAGAGCAACAGGCAAAGGAAAGAAUUGAGAAGACUAAGGAGAUGCGACGGGCAAGCUCACAGGAUGAAUCUCCACAGGCUGUUGACACACCAUCGGAUGAUCAUCCACCGGGAAAAAAGAAAGACCUUUUGCUCAAAGUCAUCCGGUCGUCCAACUUUAGGAAGCUCCUCUCAUCUAGACAUUCCGAAAUGAAUGAGUUAAGAGAAGUUGUAGACGAACUCAGACAGUUUGAUAGUCAAGUAACCAAAGACAUUAUACAUAACCUGCAACAAAAGAAUGAAAAUCUUCAGACUGAACUCAAUAAAAGACAAAAAGAAGUUUCAGUUCUGAAAAGAAAGUUAUCUCGGUCAAAAGAAAUAAAAUGUAACCAUGAGUCACCUACUUCGUCGAGGAAAGCCAUUUCGUCAAAUACUGACUGUGAAUCAAAUACGUGCCAAACCUCAGUGAAAAGUGUCUGUAAUGUGGAUAACUCAUUAGAUGACCAUUUAUGUUGCAUAGCACAAAAUACCUCUCCAAUAUUAUGCCGGUCAACACUUGAUAAACUUCAGUCGAGACAGAGACACAGGCAAGUUAAUCAUUUGCCAGUGUGUUCACUUCCAAGUAUGGGGAAUAACUGUAAAUGCCGGUCCUUGAGACAUUCUUCAUCCACGCCCGAUGUUUACAAAGGUGGAAAUGUACCUAUAUUGAGAAUAAAACACGGUAAUCUUGACAUAAAACCAUCAAGAAGUGACCCUACUCUGACAUUCCAAGAACAUUUCCAGAAAGACAACUUCCGAAACGGUAACCUCUCCAAAAGUCAUUCUAAUGGCGAUUGUUCGGGCGAGAACUGUAAAACCAGAAAUGAUGAUUACAAAAAUGAAAAUAUACAAGCGGAAGAUCAUGAUCUACAUGAAAUAGAAACUCUACUUGAUUUGGAGACCUGUGAUUUGACAGAUAGUUCUGCACAUUCUACUGAUCACUCCUCGGACGAGCAAAGUGAUAUUGAUUUUGAUUUACCUGAAAAAUCAUAACACUGCUUUAAUUAGCAAUUUACAUUUCGCUAGUCUCGAUUGACAUAUAUAUCUAUUUCGCAGACUGGUCGAAAUAUUCCUACUAUUUGUAAAAGAUAGUGUGAUGAAAAGAACCAAUCAACUUUAAACGUUCUUUCGAGAUACUUUUGAAAAAAUGAAUUUGUAAAGAAUAGAUUAGUUUUAUUUUUAGUUUCGUUAGCAAAAUGACUUUUGAUACGAAAACUUGUCAGGUGAAAAACAAAAACAAUAAAUUUCCAACAAAAGAAGAUGUAAAAUUUAUUUAUUUAUUUAUGUCUCAUUCAUUUACAAACAUAUAAAAUUACAUACAGACUAAAACAUGUAAACAGUUAACCUUAAAUGAGAACAAAACUUCAAAUAGUAGUUACAUGGAGAUGAGCUUCAUAACAUUGUAUGGGUCUUAUUAACGUUGUCUUUCAAUUAAAUGUUGAAUAUCUUGUUGUCUUUCAAAUAAAAGGUAAGAUAUUA